AUGGAGCCGUUAACAUAGAAGAGAGUCAAACCGUAAACAAGUUGUCCUCACGUGGUGGCUAUCGAAAUCAACGGAAUUGGAACGCCAAAGCUGGCACAAACGAAGAUGGCGGACGCGCAACUGACAAGAAGUCACGCAACUGGAAGUCACGCGGUGAUGGUCACGAGAUCCGGAAAUCAAGUGAUAAGUGCGGAAGUUGCGGUGGACACUACUCCCAUCCCGGAGGAAAAACGUCCUGUCUCGCUUAUCAAGCCACUUGCCGGGGCUGUGGCAAGUUAAACCACUUUGAAGCAGCUGUAUGUAGAUCCAAAGGAAAAGGGAGUAGCCGAAACAAACGCCGACCCACAGUGAACAAAGUGAGCAAGGACGAAUCAAGUGACGAAGGUGAAGUAUACACGUUCUCCCUGAGUACGAAGACCCUGAAGGAUCAGCCUCUCUUCAAGAUCAAGGUACAUGACAUGCCAGUAACGAUUAUGGCUGACUCUGGAGCGAGCAUAAAUAUCCUGGAUGAAAAGGAAUACCGCAGGUUACCCAAUUGUCCCAAGCUUGAACCGUGUAGUGUGAAAAUUUAA